AUGGAGGCUUUGGACAACUCAGACACCAUGUUAAUGAAAUCCCCUCCCAGGAUGAAGACCAAGUGGGGUCUCAGAGUUGUGGACAGAACUUACAAGUCUAUGGACCCAGAGCCGAUCGGUGGCCAUGUGGUGGGAGUGACCUUAAGGCCUAGGGACAAGCCGGGCGAGGCCACAAGUUCAGUCCUUACCAGCCCAGCCACACACAUCAUAUGCCAAACCAGCUGCUCCCCAGGCUGCCAGCCAACCUGCUGCAUACCCAGCCCCUGCCAGGCAUCCUGCUACGUGCCCGUGAGCUGCCAGUCCUCCAUGUGCGUGCCCGUGAGCUGCACGCACAUUGUGCGUGUGGCCCCCUCCUGCCAGCCGUCUGUGUGCGUGCCUGUGAGCUGCAGGCCCAUCAUGUAUGUGACUCCCUCCUGCCAAUCUUCUGGGUGCUGCCAACCCCCCUGCACCACUGUCCUCUGCAGACCCAUCUCCUGCAGCGCACCUUCCUGCUGCUGA